UCAGUGGACCUCCUUACAUUAGAUGUGCCCAUCAGAGUGCUCCUUUACAUCAGUUGUCCCCAUCAGAGUGCCCCUUUACAUCAGGUAUUCCUGUCAGAGUGCCCCCUUACACUCAAAGUACCCCUUUCCAUCAUAUUUCCCUAUCAGACUGCCCCUUUCCAUCAGAUGUGCCAAUCAGACUGCCCCUUUUCAUCACAUGUGCCCAUCAGAGUGCCCCUUUCCACAGUAUAUGCCCAUUUGUGCCCCCUUAACAUAAAAGAUGCCCAUCAGAGUGCUCCUUAACAUAAAAUGUGCCUUUCAGAGUGCCCCUUAACA